AUGAGCUCCAACCCCCUCAAAACCGGGACCACGUCGAAACUUGGCCAAGGAUCGUUUCCUCCUGGGCCAGCUACAACCCAGAGUCUGCUCUUGGAAAAAGUUCAAGCCCGGACAUCAACUCCUGACUCAGAGGCACUAGCAAGCUCGGAUGACGAAGGAGAACACCGCAACGAAGCAUCUCAGGCUGCCCCUGUUCAAUCUCACAAGCCCGUCCGCCGAUCCUCGUGGCUCAACGAUACCUCUCAGCCAUUGAAUCGACCCCGUAAAGGCUCGUUUGCAAGCAGUUCCAUGUCUCCAACAGGAUCGCACCCCAGCACUCCAUCAGCUGAGGCUGGCAGCGGCCCUUGGGGUUCUCAUUCAACCUCUUCAGUUGGCCGCCCAGCCAACUCAUCAGCAUUUUCUUGGGGGACCGGUAUUUGGAAUGCCGACCGAAAGGAUGCGUCGUCAAGGCUAAGCGAAGUUCUUCCAUCGCCAACCUCUAUAAUUCCACCAGGGGCAGGCAGUAAUUCCUUUUUUGGAUCCGACUCUGGUUUGAAUCAAGUUUCUCCAGGCUCUCGAGAUUCCAUGUCUAAUUCCCAAAUCCCAUUUGCUAUUCCGUUACACCCCACUCCUAAAACUUACCGAUCCCAGUCAUAUUCAGUUGGCCAGAUGGACCCCGAGACGGCACCACCAGGUGGAAUGACUUCAUCUGCUAUCCUGGGGCGAGCACGUCACCCGGCCUUGCAGCACCGACCCUCUCGACCCAGCAUGCUGAGUGAGAUGGCAAAUGAUGGUUCAAUGCUCGGAAAGGUCAAGGAAGUGGAAGAUGAUGACGAUGAAAGUACAUCUGAAUCGCUUCAAGGCUCCUAUCACCAGAUGUCCGAAUCCAAAACUAUCGAAAUGCUCACCCGUGAAAAUGCAAUGCUGCGCCAACAACAAUACAACAACUCUCGCAUCCGGCCUCGUGCCUCUACUGGUGCAUCCUUUCUUGGAAAUGGAUAUGAGACUGUCCCAGAAGAGUCGGAUUUUGCGGUUGAUGAACUGGACGAGGCUACUGAUUCAAUCGAUUCGCUCGGCAGGCGAGCCUCGGGUCGGCGUAUGAGUGAAUACGGAGCCAAUGCUUUCCGCACUCCCCUGGGUCUGAACAACCAAAAAGCGGACAACUUGAACCUUAAAAAGGCUGCCCUGUGGUCAAGCUCUCCGGGAUUCUUCGGUGGGGAUAUUUCACAGAGCCGACGCCAUUCAUUUGCCAAUAUGCCAACUCGACAAGGCUCUAUCAGCUCCAUUGCUGAUUCAGUAUCUGCUCUCGAUGCUUCUGGGGUGGGCGAGGGACAGUCUUCCCAGGGGUUUCCUGCUGGAUUUGGGGAUGGCACUGGGAUGGCAACCAUCAAUAACCAAAUGUUGGCCGGCUUGCCAAGCACAAUGCAGCCUGCCUUUAGCAAUCCCUAUGCACCACAUUUUGGUCUUCAGAACCAGUUCACCAACCGUCCGCCUUCUCCUCACCGCAAUGUUUUCGGUAUGGCUCAGCCCAGGCACAACCAACUUCUUCACGUGGUCCUGUUCAAGUGUGUCAGAGCCGACGUGUUCUACAUUCAAGAGGGUAGGGGCCUCACAGUUAAGCCUGGUGACCUGGUCAUUGUUGAAGCAGAUCGAGGCACCGAUCUGGGAACAGUCGCCAAGGUCAACGUUGACUGGCAAACUGCAAAGGAGCUGAAAGAGCACUACGCCGAGGAGCACUACAAGUGGCUCAUGAUGUAUUCACAAGGCGCUGCUGCAGCUCAAGAGGGUUCCGGCGCAGGUUUGAUGGCAUCAUCUAGUGUCCUUCAGGGCAGCGCUGUCGGCGGCAUGGGACCGCCCACCCAACACCAUCUGCAAGAGCCAAACGCCGGAGAGCUUCGACCAAAACUUAUUAAGCGCCUUGCACAGCAUCAUGAGUUGCAAGCUCUAUGCGAUAAAGAAGGUCAGGAAGCCAAAGCAAAACGUGUUUGCAUGCAGAAGGUGAAGGAGCACGGCCUCAACAUGGAAAUCCUUGAUGCGGAAUUUCAAAUGGACUGGAAGAAGCUUACAUUCUACUACUUCGCUGACUCUUACAUCAACUUUAAUUCUCUCGUUACAGACCUCUUCAAAAUCUACAAAACCAGGAUCUGGAUGUCUGCUAUCAACCCAGCUUCAUUUGCCAGCCCAACGCUAGGCAUUCAGGCACCAAGUGGAAUUGGUCCUGGUGCUGUAGGUGUCGGGCGUGCCUCCGGAGGCGAAAGACGCCAGAAUCCUCAAGGCCAGGAACAGCAGCAGCCACAAGCUUUCGGCCGGGGAUACCGUCCAACAUUUUCGCAACCCUUUGGUAGUGAUCGAAAUGUUCCACCAACGUCAGCAUACCCGCCGAACAACUAUGCGUAUGGGGGUGGUGUAUUUGGUAAUGCCCGCGGCACGUCUGCUCCAUACGCUCCAAGCCUCUCUCCAGGUGCGGAUGGAUUCCCAACUGGAUUUGGCCAGCAAGGAGACUUCCAGUCUCUCCGCCAGCGGUUUCCCGGAGCGCAGAAUCUCCCGAGUCCGACUCCACACGCAGCAGGCGUGUCACCCAUAACUGCACAAAACGACUGGAAUACCGCAUUCCAGGGUCUGUCCCUAAACACACAUUGA